UUUCGGAAAGCGAGACGAUGGCAAACAUGUUCUGGAACAACUGACCGUGAUCAUUGCAAAGCCGUGCACAAUUAAAGGACGUUGUGAGCGUUUACAACGUGUGAAUAGAUAUGUUCUGACGGAGGAAACCCGAUGAAUCAGUGGAAUCUGAAACAGCAUGAAGGCAUCUGGUCGUCAGGUUCCAGAUAGUGGAUGCGCGCCGGAUCCAGAACCAACGACAGGAUGAACUGAGACAUUACGCGCAAGAGGUUGCCACGGGCAAGUGUUAGGUCUGACCUCUGUGGGUAUAAUUUCUGGGGCAAACAACCAGGAGAGGAUGUAUCAAUGAAGAAUGUGACUGCAUCUGACUCUCUCCAAACGGGGUGGAUGAAGCCCUUGGCGGUGUCAUGCGUCUUGCCCCGCAGCCAAGUGCGCAACCCUUGCGGCUCAUAGUUCUGCUACUCCUCACCUCUGGGGUGAACACAUCCCCGGUGCUCUCCACGGGUUGUCCGGACAGGUGUGUGUGUGAUGACCAGUUGGUGGUUCAAUGCGCUGGGCAGCACCUGACCUCCUUCCCGGUCAACUUGCCGCUGGCCACUCGGCAGCUCAUCAUCUCCAACAACCGCAUCGUGGAGCUGCCGCCGCUUGCGCUCAACUACCUCUCUGAUCUUGUGUAUCUGGACUGCAGCAACAACUCACUGACUGAGAUAUCUGAGUCCACGUUUGGGAAUCUACGGAAGCUAGCCUACCUGGACCUCUCCUUCAACACCUUGAGCCGGAUCGAGGACAGGACGUUUGGCCCCUUGGCGAGCCUGGUGAUGCUAAGAAUGACGGACAACCCGGGGCUCUCGGAGAUUCACCAGGACGCUUUUGCUGAAAACGCGGCUCUUCAGGUGCUGGAUGUGAGCCGGAACAACCUGACAGUCCUAAACAUCACCACCCUGAUCGCGUUGCCUGCCCUGCGCUCUAUGGGGCUCAGCGGGAACCCAUGGAGCUGCGAGUGCGACAACGAGGAUCUGUGCCUGUGGGUCCACCUGGAGGGCUUCAAGUUUCAAGAUGAGGGACAGACGGUGUGCGGUUCACCUGCUGAUAUGCAAGGCCGUCGUCUCGGCGAGGUUGGCAUCCAGCUACGGACGUUAUGUCACCAGACUCUGGGCUCGUGGGACUACCUUUUCUUUGUUGUCAUCGGCUUUGUCAUCUUUGCUGCUGGCACGGUGUCGGCCUGGGUGAUGGGCGUCAUUAUGGUGCUUUAUGAGCGCUACAUCAAGAAGAAAGACAGACAGGUGGACGUGGACGAGGAUGAAACCAGUGAGACAGGUCGUACCUCGCGGGCCAGGAGUGACCAUGGCAACGGAAACUUGAAAACGUCACAUACUGUUUAAAAGAUUCAAUCCCUCUCUGCCCAUCACGGAUUCCACAGUGCCUCCUGUCACUUUCCAGACUGUCUGUGAAGUGUGAAUGAGUCAGUUUGACAGGCUCAGCUCAGAAAGAGAAAAGACGGGAUUCUCCUCAAAGAUGAGGAAUUUCAUUCUUCUCAUUUGUAGUGUGCUUUCAGGUGAUGUAACUUUGCACUCUGGCUGCCAUUGUGGAGGUUUCCCGCCCUUGGGUUUUACUGACCAUGUAUGCAAAUGUAUGACUUUGCUAUAUGGUUUAUAACUUGUGUAAUAUUUGGCUGGGAUCAGGUCACACAGGGCCUACUGUUUGUUACCUUGUAAGCAGUUUGAUAGUCUGAUUAUAACAGAAUGUUUUAGCUGGUAAUCAGCAUGAUAUGAGAACAAGAAUUUUUUUGGCGUGUGUGCCAGUAUCAAAGGUCACAUUUACCUUUAAAAUAGUUUGAGAACCCUCUUAUAUCUCUCCAAUUAAAAUGACGUUACAGCCAGAGACAGCAUAAAAACCAGAAACCAAAAGUAGCAAAAAUCUACCCAGCAGCGCCUCUAAAGUUUAUUAAUUUAAAGGUCCAGUCUGCAAGAUUUAGGGAGCUCAAUUUAGAGGAUGCGGGAGAAGUGGAAUAUAAUAUGCGUAAGUAUGUUUUAAUUAGUGUAUAAUCACCUGAAAAUAAGAAUUGUUAUGUUUUUCUUACUUUAGAUUGAGCCUUUUA